AUGGCAGGCGAAGACAACCAGAAAGAAAGGAAAGGGCACGUUGCUAAGCCCGAUUACUUCGACGGAAACAAGACCAAGUUCAAGGCUUGGUGGAGACAGGUACUCACGUACCUGAGAAACAAUAAGAAAGAUUUCGGUACAGACGAUGAGAAGAUCGACUUCGUCAUCUUAUAUCUCAGAGGACCCAAGGCAGAAGUUUGGUCGCAGAACUAUUACGAUCAAUUCUUCAAUGACAGUACGGAGAAGUGGGAAAAGACGUGGGCAGUGUUCAAAUCAGAGAUCACCAAUGCAUUUCAGGAUUCGAAUCUUGCUGCACAGGCGCAGAUCAAGAUCGACCAUCUGCGCCAAGGACAGAGGCCAGUUGAAGAGUAUUUUCAAGAAUUGGAAAUACUAAUGACG